AUGGAAGAACCACCAUGCUAUAUUCUGAGUCUUCCAAAUGAGCUACAAGAGAUGAUUUUUGAUAGAAUGCAGCCGGCAGAUAAGUAAGUAUUUAAGCUUCAUCUUUUUUUUUUCUCAAAUCUGAAACCCUUUUCAGAAUUUCCUUUGGCAAAAGCUCGCUUCAAUGUCGUAAACUUUGGGAACAUUCAAAGAGUUUGUAUGAUGGGAUUUGUUGGGAUAACGAAGAGGGAUAUAGAGUUAGGCUAUCUUUGAAUAACUCUUAUCCAUUUGUUGGAAAUCAGCAUUUUAUUGAUUUUCAUCGGGAUUUAAGGGAUUAUGAAGUGUGAGUUUUGAAUGAAAACGCUGAAAUUCGUCAGAAUCCUGAUGUUUCAUGAUUUUCUGCACAAAAUUUCAGCCAAAAACACCAAAUUUUGCCUGAAAAUCAGAAAUUUCAUGAUUUUCAGCUUAAAACCUCAGUUUUCUCAUGGAAAAAACUUUCCUGGUUGAAAUUUUACGCUGAAAAAAGCUGAUAAUCAUCAAUUUCCUCAUUUUCAGCACAAAAUUUCAGCCGAAAACGCAAAAAUUCGAUUCGAAGCAAAAAAACCCAAAAAAAAAGUUUGCGCGUCAAAUAAAAUGCAAAGUACGCAAAGAGUGUGCAAACACCGUUGUCAACUACAGUAGUCUGUUUUUUUUUUCGUUUUUUUGUUUCCCGACUGAAAUUUUGAGCUGAAAAUCGUGGAAUGUAUGUUUCUCAAGGCAAAAUUUGGCAAAUAAAGUAAAAAACAUUUUUCAGCGGUCAAAACGAUGAAAUAACUCGAACUGGAAAAAUCGGAAUCCAAGAAAACAGCUUCGAAAUCGCCCAAACAAUGUUCAUCAAAAAACUCGAAAAAUAUCAAAACACCGUGAAAAGCCUCACAAUUAAAGGAACAUGUGAAAUCACUUUGCAAAACGUUCAAAGCUUUCCCAAUUUACAAUAUUUGUACCUAUCUGGUUCGGAAAAUCGCGAAAUUUUCCAAGAAAUUUUAUCAAAAACUGGCGGGAAUAUGUUGAAGAAUUUGAGAAUUUUUGGAGAUUAUGGAGAAGAUUAUUCGGAAUUUCAACAAAUUUAUCGAGUUCGCGAAUAUUUGUCGAUUGGAUUUUGGCUAACUCGCGAGCAAUUCUUUAAUUUGUCCGCAAGGAACAUCGAAAUGGAAAUGGGAGAAUUGAAAGCUGGGGAUAUUUUUGAAUUUAUUCGAACUUGGCAAAAUGGAAAUCGAGUGCUAGAGAAUUGUACAUGGCAUUUGAAAUUGUAUGAUUUUGAUGCUCGCGAGUUUUUUGGAUUUUUCAAUACUCAAUUGGUUAAUCAUCGUUAGUAAGUUGAAUUUAUUCACUUUCAGCUUUGAUUUUCAGCCCAAAAGAGAUCUACAAAACCCACUGAAAUUGUUCCUUCCAGCAAACAAAUCAGCAUUCAAGGAGAUGGGCUAACAUCAGCAAUGAUAACAUUCAAGCGGAGAGAUUGUCUAACCUUCGAAGUUAUGCAGAAUCACAACUUGUUUUUGGAUGAUUUGAAUUCGGAUCAUGAGUUAGCUGAAGUUCUUCCUGAGUAUUAUGAAUUUGAAAGUGAGUUUACUCAUUUUGGAAAAUUUAUUUUGAAAUUUUGGGAAUUUAGGAGAGCUAUUGGAUUUGGAAGAAGACGACGAUUCUUGGAAUUUAGGAGAGCAAUUGGAGGAUUUAGAAGAAGAAGAAGAAGAUUGGGAUUUUUUAAAUGAUGAUUAUUGA